GGGAUCUCCAUUUUCAGCCCUUUUUGCACGAGGCUUUGUUUUAGUUACCAUCCGAUGUCCGAUUUUCAGUCCAUUCCCUAUUAGAGUUUUCAUAGGACCGAAGCCGUAGUCUUCAUUGAAUGGCUUCGUUGAUAUUGUGGCCUUUAUGCAGUCCCAAUGGCACGUGAUGGGGGCUCGAGGCUGACAGCUGUCUGUUUUCUUGCCUCGUAUAUCUGGCUAUCAUGUUCUUUACAGCGACAUUCAUUAAUAGAUCAGCCGCGGCUGUCUUCAUUUUUACUCCUUUUCAUUUCAGGUAUCAUAGCUUUCAUAGCUAGCCUGUUUUCAAAAUGGCUUCCCGGCGCAGAUGGAAGAUUUGAUUCGGAGGCUGUCAUAAAGGGAAUGCAGUCGUCUCUCCCACACCGCCCUCGCCGGUUUUAUGUGCCUUGUAUCAUAUUUCUCAUCGUUUUUCGAUUAGAGAUCGUGCAUAAGGUUAUGCGUGACUUUCAAUGUGCCACCGAAGGCAUAGAGGCCUUUCUUCCUGUAUUCCUAGCUGCUCACGAGUUCUUCUCGCAUCGUACGGGCCAGGCCAUGUCCGAUGACCCGGAAGAGAUGUGGGGCAACCCCCUAGACGAUUUCAAGAAUUGGCUCAUAAGCUCCCCGAUCACUCUUUUUUUCAGCACCAUUCUCUUUAGCUAUGGUGUUUUCAUGGUGGGCGAUUUCACCACAAGAUCUAGUUAUUUCUGCUCGACCUUGGUGAAUCAGAGCUCGUUCACUGUACUCAUACAGUGGUUGGGAGUUUUCACCGAUGCUGUCAUCAUCAUUAUGUUAUGGAGAGUGCUUUCGUGGGCGAGAACAACGAGGAGCCGCCUUCGGACUCUAGGUGGGAUUUUGAUCUUAUCAUCUACUGGCGUCUCGCUUUUAUGGAUGGCAACACGAGUUUCCCAGCAUCAAGAAAUCAUUGGCCAUCAUCCUUUCAGGGGAAUCGGCUCCCUUUACUUCUUUGACGUUUCUAGUACGGCACUCCUCAUCUCUACCCUCAUUAUCUCAACGGCGCUGUGGAUCUGCGAUUCAACAGUCUUGGAGCCUAUAGCCAUUGCAUCUUUUACCUCGGGCUUACUCGGGAGUAUUCAAAAUGUUCUGUUGAUCGGAACAUACCAGCAGACCUCUCCAGGUCAGCCACUGCUAGUACUUGCUGUUAUCUCAACUGGGUUCAUUCUUUUUACGUAUGCAAACAACAUGAGAUGGAUUAUCUUCUUCAAGCGGGUGUUCCUCAUGUUGUUGCUUGCUUCUAUAUUCAUCACAUCUGCCAUCUUUGCUACGUUUAGGAGCAAGCAUCUAGACCGCCACCCAGUUGAUGAUCUCGUUUAUAAGAACAGGGUGGAAGCCGACCGCUGGCUACGGCACGCAACUGUUAGUACUACACUAAAAUCUGCGGUCACCGAAUAUAAAGACCGCCACCAAGGGCGCGACCCACCGCCGUAUUUUGACAAAUGGUUCGAAUUUGCGCUGCAGCGGAAAUCUGUUGUCAUCGACAGAUUUGACCAGGUAGAAAAAGAUAUCCGACCUUUCUGGGGUAUGAAACAACAAAAAAUCCAAGAGGGCUUGGAUCGAUUGAAGGUGUUGCCUGACAUUGGAAUCAUUACUAUCGCAGAAGGCAAGGCAUCUCACAACCAGCUUGUGGACCCCGUUCAAAAUGUGAUAUUGGACGAGGCAGUAUCGAUGAUUUCAAAUUUUGUUGAGUAUCUUCCUGAUAUGUCUAUUGCUAUCAACAUGAAAGAACGGCCUAGGGUUCUAGUUCCAUGGGACGAUAUUCAUAGAUUCAUUUUGGCGGGCAGCAAACCUCGGUUCCAACUUCUAUCCUCUCGCUCACGCAACCGCCUAGUGGAUGACCCAAAGCUAACGGACGUUAACCCCGCCGACGUGUCUAAAGAGGUUCUAGGAUCAAAUACCCAGCCGUAUGUGUCCCCGAAGAAAUUUAGACAACUGGAGGCCUUGGCAUGUCCUCCGGGGUCGGCAGCCCGCGGAGGCGUAAACUGGGACACGAGGGAUUUCUGUUCCUCGUGUGUCAAACCUCACUCGGAAGGGCAAUUCUUACAGGAUUGGGAGAUGUUCCUUGAUCCAUGCCACCAACCUGACAUAUUCAACUUACAUGAUUUACACACUACCCCUCAUCUCCAUGACCUACAUCAAGAUCUCCUGCCCCUCUUCAGUAGGUCAAAGACAGAUAGUUUCAACGAUAUCCUCAUACCACUCGUACGCCCCGUCAACCAGGACCCAGACGAGGUCGACUUCGACAAGAAGAAAGAAAUCGUGUUCUGGCAAGGGGAUGCCAAAGGCUCGCAAAUCGUGACGACUCAAUCCCUGCUCGGCGGCCAUCGUCAUCGACUAGUGCACCUCGCCAACAACGCCAGCGUCGUGGAUCAAGUGUCCAUGCUCCUCGGCGUCCAAGCCAACAAGAAAGACAAGUUCCAAUACGAGGCAACGCAGGUCAAAGAUGCGAACGGACCGCUACCAUUCGAGUUCUCGUUUACCAACACCGAAUCGUGCGACGACACCAACUGCCAGCUCCUGCAGCGGGAGUUCGGCUUCAAGGAGCCGGAGAAGGCCUUCGAUAAUAGGUACGUGGUACUACUCGACAGCGCAGACGGACCACCACAGGAUCUCAUACCGACGCUCCGGUCAAACAGCGUGCCGGUGCUAUCGUCCGUUUUCCGAGAAUGGUUCACCGAGCGGUUGAUGCCGUGGGUUCACUUCGUUCCGGUGGACCUCAGAUACCACGCUCUGCACAGCACGAUGGCGUAUUUCAUCGGCUUGAAGAACCGCGGCCCGAUUAACGGGAGACUGCAAACCACCGACGGCAGACACGAGGACGCGCGGUGGAUCGCGGAGCAGGGGCGUAAGUGGGCUGAUAAGGCUGUUCGUAGAGAGGAUAUGGAGGUUUACUUGUUUAGACUCCUGCUUGAGUGGGGUAGGGUCAUCGAUGAGAAUAGGGAUAAUUUGGGCUUCACGCUGUGAGAGUGGCGUAUGUGGUGGGUGAGGGAUUUGUGUAAUUAGAGGUACCUGUACCUACAUAUGUAUACAGCAACAUCUACGUACAUUUGCAUGGCAUAGAGGUAGUUGCUGGGGACAACUAAGUGGGGGUAAUAAAAAGGCGUUUCGGACAUUAAAUUUGUUCAUGUUGUGUUCGGAUGGUAGUUGGUGUUUGCCACAGAAAUGGGAUCCAUCGUUUAGGAACUUUCAUGCAUUUUUUGUUACGGGUAGCUUAUAAAAAAUAGUAGCCAGUGCUUUUGGAAA